UUGUUUGUUUUUUGGCAGCCUACGCUGCGGUGCAAACCCACCCCAUUUACUUGAUGGUUCCAGGUCGCGUGCGAAUUCUAGGAAACGGAUUCCUUCGGUAACCCGGGUUAACAUGUUGUGUGAAGGCGCCAUGAGAGCUUGCAUUCACCUAAACACAGCGCAUCUGAGGACGAGCGGGCCCAACGUGUUGACUGUUGAGAGCGGCGAUGUGAAUCCUUCCUUCCUUCCUUCUUGCUUCUUUUUCUCUCCGUCCCGGAUCUCCUUCUAACUUUCAGGAGCUUCCAAAUGAAGAGGAGGAGCUUGAAAAGCGAAGUACAAACGCGGCUCCGCCUAACGCCCCCGGGCUCGGCCCAGCAAGCAACUCUCUUCACCAAGAGGCAAAGCUGCCCGUCCACAAUUUCAUCGUGCGAGCCCCGCUUUGUCCGCCACCGGCCAGAAUGCUGGCAUCCGGAGGCCCCAGCACCGGCCAGACCUGCGGGCUCGUCCUGAUCUUCGCCGUGCUGCUGCAGUCCAUCUGCGUGGCCAUCACUUUCCUCUAUUUCACCAACGAGCUGCAACAGCUCCGAGACACAUAUGCGAAGAGUAGCAUUGCCUGCUUCACCAGAGAAAAUUUUUUCCUAGAAGAUCUGGAUCCAAAUGAUAAAGAAGAUGACGAUCCCUGCUGGGAGGUCAAACAACAACUCUCAAGGCUCAUUAGAAAGAUGAUGGCUAAGAACCGUGCAGAAGAAAUAACAUCUUCAACAAAAGACAGCAUUUCUUCAGGUGCCAUUGCAAGAGAUGUGCCUAGGAAUUCUGCUCCCCGAGUCGCAGCUCAUCUCACUUCAAGCAGAAAUGCGAGGAAAGCUUUAGUUGCACAAAAUUCUCCUAUGAGAAACAAUUUGGGAUUCAAAAUAAUCUCUUGGCAAUCCUCAGCGGAUCCUUCCUUUCUCUACAAUGUAUUGCUGAACAAUGGGGAACUGAUCAUACAGCAAGCUGGACUUUAUUACAUCUACUCACAGACUUAUUUUCGGUUCCGAGAAUCAGAAGAUGCUGAACUCAGUGCAGAUCCUGACUCGGACAGUGUUAGGAAUCCAAAGCAAAUGGUCCAGUACAUUUCCAAGAUUACAGAUUAUUACCCAGAAGCCAUUCUGCUGAUGAAAAGUGCAAGAACCAGUUGUUGGUCUAAAAAAGCAGGAUAUGGACUGUAUUCCAUAUACCAGGGUGGAGUGUUUCAGUUAAAGAGAAACGACAGGAUUUUUGUCUCCAUCAGCUAUGAGGAGCUGGUGGACAUGGAUAAAGAAGCCAGCUUCUUUGGAGCCUUCCUGAUCUCUUAAAGGGAAGAAAAAAUGAGAGAAUAACUAGUUAUCCAGAAAGAGAUUGUGAAAGACGUGGCAGGUUCUGCUUUUAAAGUAAGAAGUGGUUUAAAUGCAAAGAAUUGCAUUUUACAGAGUUGGACCAAAUAUACAGUUUCUCUGCUGACCAGUUCACCAGUGAGGCCAUUUCGAGUUCCCAUCAUCCAAACUCCACAAGGAAUGGUUAGCAUGUUACGGAUAGAGAAAUUCCAACAAGCUGUUUAGGUCCAUGAAUGGUGUUCCAGUGACUUUGUUUUUUUGGUUGGAAGGGGACAGUUGUAUUUGGCCUAUUUCAGCAAACUUCUGUUGAUCAUAUGCAUGGAAUCCAUGCACCUAACAAGAAGCAUACAGUGAGAACUACAUGGUGACAAGUGAUUCAGCCUGUACCACCAUGUGGGUGUUGCCACUCUGGUAUGGGUUGCAUUUGCAACUGACUUUGAGUGUAGCAAAGUGUAAAGGAUAAGGCAAAAUAGCUGAUAUGAGCUAGAUUGUUUCCUUUCAAAGCAGAAUGACGGGAGCCAAGUCACACAUUUAGAAGUAGCAUCUGGAAGAUCCUUCCAGGAAGGUACCAUCUCAGAUUGCAGGAGAAGAAAAAUCACACAUUGGAAAGCUGCAUCCUAAACUUGUUUCCACCUAGGAAAACAUUCAUAUACAUGCACCCCUUCAUGCAUUCUGAAAUGGUACGAUCCUGGGUAGGCUGUACCAUGCAAGAUUUCCAAACACGCUGCUAAUUUCUAUCCCUGUGAACCCCAUCAGGAAAUCUGCAAAGAACAGGAUUUGCUUCUUGUUCUGAUUGAGUUGAAUGGACAAAAAUGAACCUAACAGUCAGAUUUCACUGAGACCAGAAACAGUCUUCAAAUUAGUUGAAUACUUCCUUUUAAUCCAGGACAGUCCAUAAGAAAAGGCUUUGUUUAUUUUUUUAAAAAUAACAUGCUAACAGAAGUAAAGACAAUCAAAGCAAUUUUUUUUUUUUACACAAACCCAAAUG